CUUUAUGCUGUGCAUGUGGCUCCUCUUAUCUAAGCGUGGACGACAUUUUUAGCCGAGCAUUUUCGGCAAUAAAAAGGAAAGCAGCAGCAGCUGUGGAAUCAUUCGAACCAGCAACAACACCAUCAUGAGGAGUCUCUUAAUUUUGCUCUUGGUGGCUGCGGCCAGCGCUAAAGUCUUUGAGCGCUGUGAAUGGGCCCGCAAGCUGAAGGCAAGUGGGAUGGACGGCUACUACGGCGUCAGCCUCGCCGACUGGGUUUGCCUCACGAGAUGGGAGUCAAACUAUAACACCAUGGCCAAAAACUACAACACUGAUGGAUCCACUGACUUUGGCAUCUUUCAAAUAAAUAGCUACUGGUGGUGCAAUGACUACAUCAUCAACUCACACAAUGCAUGCGGCAUCGACUGCAGCGUGCUUUUGAGUGAUGAUGUCACUGCGGCGAUCAACUGUGCCAAACGUGUUGUUAGGGACCCCCAAGGCAUCAGCGCCUGGUAUGGCUGGCGUUAUAACUGUGAGGGCCGUGAUCUCAGCUCCUAUCUGGACGGAUGUGGUGUUUAAUCAGCGCGGAGCAACAGGAGAGUCUCAUCAGCAUCAUCAAAUGUUCUUGUGUUUCUUUAUUUGAGAUGACUGAAGUGGAACACACUGACUCACUCAAACUAAUAAACUGAAUCAAAAGCUCGA